UGUUCUUAGCAACCUGCACCUAGGUGACAGGAAGCCAUAUGUAGGAACUGUCUAGUCUGUGUACAUGUGAAACGAUUAAACUUAUAUAUCCAAAUUAAAAUAGGGCUCUCAAUAUUACGCGAUACACUCUUAGAGAGACCCAACUAGAUAUAGUUUAAAAAAUGACAGACAUAGAACACGAGUUCCCUGGAUAUAAUGACAAAAACAAAGAGUUUCAAAAAGCAAAGGCUUAUUUACUUCAAAGUAGUACCGCCACAGGACUAAAUGUUUAUGAUCAUCUGUCUCGUGUGUUGGGAAAAAUUCUUGAUGAGAGACCAGAUAAUGUUGUAGAUAUUUUUGAAGAUAUUAGCAAAGAUUGUAAAAGAACUAAAUUUACCUCAGAUGUUGAUACCAUCCAAGACAAAGUAGACAGAUCCACUGAAGUUGCCCUUGCACAAAUUCAGAGGAAAUUGUUUACAAGAGUAGGUGAAGAUGGUGAAGAGGAAGUAGCUCAAGAUGAAGAUGUUGAAACACCUCUUCCAAACUUGAUGGAGCUAUGCUUCUUCUUUGAACAAGCUGCCAUUGGUCUAAACAGAGAAGAAGUUGUCCGCAUCUGGUUGGCCAUGAAGAACCUUGUUGACAAUCACCCCUUGCAGCAUGUGAGGUUUUGGGGCAAAAUUUUAGGCACAGAACAGAAUUACUAUGUGGCAGAAGUAGAGUACAGAGAGGGUGAUGAAGAAGAGGAUGAGGAAGAAGAGGCAAAGGAAGCAAAGGAGGAGGAUAAAGAUAUUGACAAGGAUGCAGGGGAAGAGGGAGAAGAUGAAGAGACUGAAGAAGAUGAUAUUCCAAAACCGGAUUUCAAGUCUCCACCUGUUGUGCCUAAAGAAGAGAACCGCACUGGAGCCAAUAAAAAAACAUAUUUUGUCUGCAAUGAUCCUGGAAAACCGUGGGUGAAACUACCAAUGGUCAGUCCAAAUCAAAUUAGUGCUGCAAGACAAAUAAAGAAAUAUUUUACAGGAAGAUUAGAUGCACCAGUUGUUAGUUACCCACCAUUCCCUGGUAAUGAAGCCAACUACCUAAGAUCUCAGAUUGCCAGGAUUAGUGCUGGAACACAUAUUUCACCAUCCGGUUUCUACCAGUUUGAUGAGGAGGAGGAAGAGGAGGAGGAAGGAGAAGGCGGGCGGGAUCAUUUUGUUGAGAACAUUGACUUUGAGGGUAUUCCUGUCCGAGAAUUGGCAGAUCCAUCCCUCAGUAACUGGGUACAUCAUGUGCAGCACAUCCUUCCUCAGGGCCGAUGUUCAUGGUGGAAUCCUGUUCAGAAGGCAGAGGAGGAUUUUGAGGAAGAUGAAGAGGAGGAGGAGAGAGAGGAACCUGACGAGCCAGAACCAGAAGUCGGGCCUCCACUUCUGACUCCUAUAGCAGAAGAUGAGGAGGUAGGAGGCAUGCCUGCCUGGACUCCAACACUCUCUUCACAACUAAUUUCACAGUUUUCUGUGGCUGUCAUGCAUUCCAAUCUGUGGCCUGGAGCACAUGCUUUCGCUAUUGACAAAAAAUUUGAGAACAUCUACAUUGGAUAUGGGCAUAAGUAUAAACCAGAAAACUACACUCCGCCAAACCCACCCCCAAUACAAGAAGAGUUCCCAAGUGGCCCAGAAAUCACAGAGGCAGACGACCCAACUCCUGAGGAGGAGGCAGCACUCAGAGCUGCUCAGCAGGAAGCUGCUGAAGCUGAAGAGAUGGAGGAGCCUGAAGGAGAUGAUGAUGAAGACGAUUAGAUUAUUUGAAUUUGAUUGGAGGAUUUGCCUACUUUACUGUAGCUUUUAUAAGAUCAUUUGACUGUUAGGAAAAAGAGUCAUGUGAACUCAUGAUGCUGACAUCUCUUGAUUUGAAAAGUCAACAUUACAAGGCAACUAUUAUUACAUCAGGCAAAAACACAUCAUAUUGCGUUAAUGUUCUGUUCGUCUUGCAUCUUCAUCUUCUUCUCUUUCUUCCUUCUUUUCUUACACUACGCUGGAUAUUGUUGGACAUAACAGCUAGUAUUAAAGUUUAAAAGUUUGUUAUUAUUUCCAUCAUAUUAGCAAACAAACAUGAAUAUGUUCAAACUUUGGACAAUUUAAUUUAUAAUAUAGGCUUACAUGAUUUACAAUAAUGUUUCUUUUUUUUUUUUGUUUUUAAAUUCUACUUACAAAUUUUGAUAGAUAUUUUCACUGUCUAUUGGUACAACUUUACAUUUUUAUUAUUUUCUGUUUUUUAUUUUUUAUAUUUUUGCUUAAAAAACAUCAAGUGAAAAAAUAUAGCAUAAUUACAACAUUUGUAACCAAUGUUUGAAACUCAUUUGAGUAAAAGACUGUACAUUUGUCUGUUUCAUUUUAUCAUCCCAGGAUUUAAUGUGAUAUGUAUAUAAAAUGAACAUUAUAUAGAAAUGAAUAUUUUAAAAGUAUAAAAUGCUUGAUUAUUGAGAUUGUAUGACUUUGAGAGUGGAGUGACAGUCAAGAGAACAGUUUGCACCUAAAUCUAGGAGGUGCAGGCUGGCGUGCCUGACAGUUCAGUUUCUUCCAUCUAUAGUUAUCAUAAGAAUUCAGAUUUCAUAUUCUAAAUGUUAUUUUUUUGUUUCAAAUGAACCAUUACAUUAUUAUUUAUUGCUACUCUUUUUUUUUUUUUUAGUAAAAUAUUUUGUUUUGUGCUAUGGUUGAAAAAUGGUGACUGAUAAUUUUAUGUAACAAAAAUAUACAUGAAUAAAAUGAAUAAAUACAAA